UUUACAAGACGAACUAAGUGCAACAGUGAUAGACGUCUACUUUAUCUCUUUAUGUAACUGUAUAGGACUUGUUUACAGUUUCUUUUAAAAUAAGUAAAUAUAAUAAGUUUAACAGGAAGAACUGAAACAACCGAGACGGAGGCUAAGCUACGCUAACGAGUCAUGAUCCUGGUGGACCCCGGUCUGUACAUUGGCACCGCGGCUGACCUCAAUGACAGGCAGGCACUGGCUAAUGCUGCUGUCACUCAUGUCCUGUCUGUGGACUCUGUCGACCCCACCCCUCAGCUUCCAGCUGAUGGUGCCUUCCGCAUGAAGUGGGUCAAUGUUUUAGACGAGGUGACCUCUGACCUCCUGAGUCACCUGGACGACUGCUUCCUGUUCAUUCAGGAGGCUGUGGUUGGAGGUGGGACUGUCAUUGUUCACUGUCAGGCUGGUCGAAGUCGCAGUGCCACCAUUGUGACUGCUUAUCUAAUGAAGAGACACCAGCUGGGCUUCAUAGAGGCUUAUCACAGACUGAAGAGUGUCAAACAGGAUGUACAGGUCAACAGUGGUUUUGAGGAGCAGUUGUAUCUUUAUGAGGCCAUGAAGUGUGAAGUGGACGCCUCCAGUCCUCUGUACAAACAAUACAGACUGAGCAAGAUCACUGAGAAGUUCCCUGAGUUGCAGCAAGUUCCCAGGGAGUUGUUUGCCGUUGAUCCUGCCCAUUCCAACUCCUCUGAAGUGUCCUAUCGCUGCAGGAAAUGCAGACGAACUCUGUUCCGUGGCUCCAGUAUUCUCAGUCACCCAGUAGGACAAGGAGCGUCAGCCUUUGCUCACAAGAGGUUCAGUAACCUCACUGGAGACGUCCAGUGUACAUCUUACUUCAUUGAACCAGUGCAGUGGAUGGAACAAGCUUUAAUUGGGGUGAUGGAUGGACAGCUGCUGUGUCCUAAAUGUAGCUCUAAGCUGGGCUCUUUCAACUGGUGUGGGGAUCAGUGUUCGUGUGGCCGCUGGGUCGCCCCCGCCUUCCAGCUGCACCGCAACAGAGUGGACGAGAUCCGACCGCUGAACAUGCAGAUAUAAGAGCAGGUCUUCACCCCUCAAACAGCCUGUGAAAGUGUAGAAAUCAUGUCGAAAUGUCAAACUCUCCUCACAGCCACUCAAACCAGUCCCACAUACUAGACGAUUAAACUAGCAUGUACACACAAAUUAAAAAAAAAAGCAAUUAAAAACAAUCUGUUAAUUCUAGUUUAAACAAAGGGAAGUUUUGUACAACUUAUUUUCAAGGGCACUUUAGCCUUAUGUUUUUUAAUGUCUGGUAUAACGUGAAAGUUUUGCUUUACACACAUUUAAAUAAAAACAUCUGUAAAUAUCCAUAAAAUAAUAUCACAAAACUGCUCUGUUUCUGUUACUGAGUAAAUUCAUGUGGAGAAUUAUUUCAGGAUCAUUCAUGUUAAUGCUCAAUAUAUAAUUGUGUGUGUGUGUGUGUGUGUGUUUGUUUGUAGGGCAUAUCAAUAUUUCACAGAGGUCCCGUAAAUAUCAGCUGUCUUUUAAAUAUCACUGAGUCAGUUAACAUGUCAUUAGCAUUUAUAAGUUCUUUCUGAUUUAUUUUUAAAUUCACAUAAAUCACACUGUUAGCGUGGCUUUACUGAAACUUCCUUCUAGUUAUACAAUAGACAAACAGAAUGUGUUUCUUAAUCUACUCAAAGACUGUGGUGGGGAAUAUGAGCCCUGUCCGUGACGAGUGUGCUCUCUGCUCCCUAGCUUAAAAAAACUAAACAAGCACAGACAGAACAUUAACCAUGGGCCAAUUGUGACUAAAGUCCGUAAUGGUCCCAGUCAAGCCCCAAACUACAAUGUAAAUGUGAAAGUGCAUGGUCUUAAUAAAUCAGUCAUGUUGAAAAAUAAAUGUAUAACUAUCAAACAUAUGUAGCGCCUUUAACCCUGAUGGAAGAAAGCAACCCACAUUCCCCUAGGUUCAGAAAUCUGGACUCUUACUGGAAGUUGAACAGUGAUCAUUUAUUGCCUUGCCAACAAUUCUUAUUUUGCAGUGCAGUGAAUUAGGAACAAACAAAAAUAGAGCUCUUUCAAUAAAAUAAAAAAUAAAAUAAAGUUCAAAGAAAA